GUUUACACGUAAUUGGGAUGCGUCGAUGUCCGGGAAGUAAACAGUUCACAUAGACUGUGUGAGCCAUGGACCGCAUAGCAUCAGACACAGAAACUGAUGAUUAUGAGCAGCCUUUGCUUCAUCGGAAAAGGGACGACGGCAUAAAAAGAGCUCCUGUGCUAUGCUCUUCACGCUAUGGCCUUGCCUUACUGUCAUGCUAUGGCUUUUUUGUGGCAUACGCGCUCCGGGUGAAUCUCAGUGUGGCCAUGGUGGAUAUGCUGCGAAACAGUAGCAGCAGUACCAAUGCCAGUGGCUCUGUGUGCCCGAGGCAUACCAGUCCGACACGGCCCAGACACAACCACACAGCCAGUGUGUAUGACUGGGACUCAGAGACUCAGGGCUGGAUCCUGGGCUCUUUCUUUUACGGUUACAUCGUCACUCAGAUACCGGGUGGCUACAUGGCACGCAAGUAUGGUGCCAAGUGGCUGCUGGGCUUUGGCAUCCUGGGAACUGUGAUCUUCACCCUGCUAACGCCUGUGGCUGCAGACCUGGGAGCUGGUUAUCUCAUCACAGUCAGGGUGCUAGAGGGCAUAGGGGAGGGAGUGACAUUUCCUGCUAUGCAUGCUAUGUGGGCAUCCUGGGCUCCACCCUUGGAGAGGAGUCGACUGCUUACUAUCUCUUAUGCAGGUGCCCAGCUCGGUACUGUAGUAGCCCUUCCUCUGUCUGGUCAGAUAUGUUUUUACCUGGAUUGGACAUACGUCUUCUAUAUAUUUGGGGCUAUUGGGCUACUUUGGUUUUUCCUGUGGGCUUUUCUGGUCAGUAACAGUCCUGACACACACAGAAGGAUAUCAGAGAUUGAGAAGAGCUACAUAAAAGCUUCAUUAAAAAAAGAGCUGUCUCCCACUUCAGCCUACAUCCCCUGGCCUUCCAUUCUCACAUCUGUUCCACUAUGGGCCAUAGUUGUUGCACACUUCUCCUACAACUGGACAUUUUACACACUGCUGACUCUCUUACCCACCUACAUGAAUGACAUUCUGGGCUUCAGCAUUAAGGAGAAUGGGAUGCUCUCUGCCCUGCCAUACUUGGGUUGCUGGCUGCUAGCCAUGGGAGGAGGCCAGUUAGCAGACUACCUGAGGGAGACCUGCCUUUUCCGCACUGUGACUGUGCGCAAGGCCUUCACUAUAGCAGGUAUGGUGGGACCAGCUGUGUUCCUGGUAGCAGCAGGAUACACUGACUGCAACUACAUUCUGGCUGUUGUUUUCCUCACUGUCUCCUCGACUCUGGGAGGCUUUUCUGCAUCUGGCUUUAAUAUCAAUCAUCUUGACAUCGCACCAUCGUAUGCUGGAAUAUUGCUAGGAAUCACAAACACAUUUGCAACUAUACCUGGCAUGGUGGGUCCUGUGAUAGCGAGAUCACUGACCAAAUCUAACACUAUUGCGGACUGGCGAACAGUCUUCUUUAUCUCAGCUGGGAUAAAUCUGUUCGGUGCUGCCUUCUACACAUUGUUUGGAAAAGGUACAGUACAGCCCUGGGCAGUGCAGAGAGUAAACACAGAAUAAAAAGUAUUUUAAGGAACUCAAAGGACACUAUGGCAUUAAGAAUUCAGGGGAAGGAUUCAGAUGAUUCUGUUUGAAGAUUCGAGCACAGCUCGAUGCUGUUUUUGGUAAACAAAUGUCUGAAUGUUCUCUAAUAACAUUUUAAGUUUUAAAAGGAUGUUCUGGUGUUUGUUGCUCUCUCAGUGUUUUCACUUCCUUGUUGUUUUUAAGCAUUUUGUAUAAUUUAGGAAGUCAGUAUUUUCACAGGACACAUGUCUUCAGCCAGUGUACAUCUAAAAUAGCAGACAUUUAAGUUCAGUGCCUAAAGUUUGCUUUCAGUUCAUUUUAACUGCUCAGCAAAGCUUGGAUUGUCUUAAACCAGAGGUGGGUGUCCAUAACGGCAGGUGGGGCAGAGCUGAUGUGUCAGCCGUUCAACAAAUAUUAAUCUUCAUAAAGUCCUUGUUCACAACUCCAUUACUAAUUACCUCUUUUGUGUUACUAACGAUUUAAAAAAUAUAUAUUGCUAUUUGUCAGAAGUCAUGUUCCAUUGAUUGCUCGCCUUUCUAGAUGUUGCACAAUCAGGGGGCAGCUCGCUCAUUGCCCAACUUAACUUCCAUAGAGUUAUGAUUCCAUCUAGUGGUCAAAAAUGGGAAAAAGUGCUAAUAGAGCCGCACUGGGGAAAGAAUGAUGCUGCCAUGCUAGCUCUAUGAACAUUUCCAAUGUAGGAGGAGGAACGGCCAGGAGACUAGCCCAAUCUGGCAACCCUAAGAUCUUGUUUUAUAGUACAUAAUCAGAAUUAAAUCUAAUAAAGUACAGACGGCAUCUAUGAUAUACUGAACUAUUUCUACUGUAAAAUAUACUGCAAAUAUUGGAAUAGUAAAAGGGGAGUAUGGAUUGGAUAAUAUCUGUACAUGAGAAAUGUGUGCAUACACAAGUGACCUUGUUUCCCAUGCAAAGACUAUGGGGAAAGAUGCUGUGAGAUGGCAUUCUGAAUGACAGUAUGUUGUCGACUCUCAGCUGCCUAGUACAGGGAUUCACUAGAUUGUAGCCUAUAGCACUGGUAAAGUGUGAUAGCCCCUUAACUUCAUUUUGUUUGAAACUAUAUUGUUAAUCAUGUUGUCCUGCCCCACCAAAAUCUAUGGUAAUGAGUUUGUCUACAUUUUUAGAGUGUACAUUAAAAUACCUAUUCACUCUUCCAUCUAGGAACAUGAAGUGAACUGAGCUAGAUUUAAGUUGUAGCUUAAAUAAACUUGUUUAAAAUGCAGAGGUGCCAACAUCUACGUUUUAUCUGCAAUAUUUACAAUUUAUGACCCUGUGGUGAUAUAGGAGACACCUGAAACUACACUUGUUCUGCAUUUUCAGUUAAAAUAAUAAUACACAAGUAAAAUCCACCCGUCAGAAUAGUUAUUUUACUGAGGGAGAAAGGACGUGGGACAUCACAGUCUCUCAUUUGCUUCGGGUAGCGGUUACUUACACUUUCUGCUGACUUUAUCUAGGUGAAUUUUGACCUAUAAAUUUACAAGUCUGGUCUUUUGAACCAGUAGAAACCAAUUGAGUGGGACUAUAGUCUCUGGGGGGAAACUUUUUAAGUAGUGGUCUCACCAGAUGACUUCUUACUGUUUCUUUGCACACAUCUGGGGAAAAAAAAAAAAAAAGCUGCCUUGUCCACAGACAUAAGCUAGGGUCUUUGGGGGUAAAAUUCUGUUUUGUCUCUCUGCUUGCUAAGAUUUACUUGUUAUCAAUGUUGGCACAUCUGUAAAUGUAAAGAGUGGUAAUGUUCAGUGUCUGCAGAAAUUCCUCUCUAGCCACACAGGUCUUAUAUCAGCAGUGACUGAUAAUUGGCUCAUUGCACUCUACAUGCUAGUUUAGAUUUUUAUACUUUUAUGUUCUGUUUAGAAUUACUGUUGGUUAUAAUAAUUUUGAAGACAGUACAAAUAUGAUAGAGUGAGAAAUUUGUUGCUUUUAAUCUUUUAUGUUAAUAGUAAGGAAUUGUCUGAAAAUCAUUUGAAUCAAAUUGAAUCACAUUUUCUCUUUGUUGAAAAAAAUCUCAUUUUUAUUUUUCUUGGUAUUGUGCCUUACUUUUAUUUUAAGCCCAUAAAACGGUUUCAUUAUAAAACACUUGACCUACAAUCUCUGAGAUUUUACUUGAUUUUAUUUCUGUCUGUUUACAUAUGGGUAAUAUGAAGCUAUAAAAUGUAGGAGGUGUAUAUAGUUGCUUGUUUUUGUGUUCUUUUUUUUUUAUACACGUCACAUUGUUUUGUUUUGUUUUUUUAGCUCGUUGUAAUCUAUUGUUUACUUAAGACAUGAAGUCAGAUCUCAGGAAUGGAAACAGUGGAAAGAAAUGAAUAAGAAUGAAUGAAUUGUAAGAAUGACACCUUAAGUGAAAAGAACAUUUGUCCCCAUGCAGUUUGCUACAUAGCUGAAGUAUUGUGUAAGCUAUGUCUAUUCAACAUUCCCCAGUGAAAAGUCUUGCAUUCGCUUAAUCUCCCUUGACCAUAAAAAAAAUCAUGUUCAUUCAAAGUAAUUAAAAUGCAUAAAUCAGU